AUGUCGUACACCCUCAAGUCCACUCUUGAGUAUCUACCCGAAAAGAUCCAGUCUUUCCAGUACCCAGACACGACCCUACCCACCCCCACCCCAAACUCGGAAAAUCGGACGAAAUGGCGAGCGAGGCACCAGUGGAAGUUCGUCGUCGUUGUUGGACUCCUCGUCAUAUUUGGUGUGAAGACUUUCGCCGACGGCCGGCACUCUUACCCCGUUGCACGACGUGAGCAAGUCCAAAGCAUAGUGGAGGAGAACCCAAUACUGAAUGGUACACUUGGAUUCCAGAAUGUAUACGUUCUCUCGUUGCCCGACCGCAGCGAUCGAAGAGAGCCGCUGCUUGCCGGGGCGAACGCGACGAACUUAACCAUUACGGUAAUUGAUGCCAUAAGAGACAGGCAAAUACCCAAGUCAGAUUAUCCAAUAGACUGGUCGACGAAUGGCUGGGUGGCCAAGGAGGGAGAGCUUGGUUGCUUAAUGUCACACCUGAGAUUCUGGCGAAAAGUGAUAUACGAGAACAUCACUACUGCGCUAGUCAUGGAGUCCGACGUCGAUUGGGACAUGCGCAUCAAGCAGACGAUGGUUGGAAUCGGCAGGGGCGCACGAGCUAUUGCAGACUGGCCCUUUGAUCCUGAACCCGAGGAGCAACCCUCAGAAAUUAGUUCUCGGUCGAAGAACACCAGCAUGCCUCAGCCGAGGCCAUAUGGCGACAAAUGGGACUUGUUAUGGAUAGGCCACUGUGGUUCGCAACCACAGAACGGUGGUCGUCUAUUCCAUUUUAACGAUAGUUCUGCUGCAGAUGAGGACCACGCGUGGACCUUCGGAGUGAAACCUGAUGCUGGCCUUAGACCCUAUGGAACGAGGUUAGUAUACCACGCGAAGCAGCAGGUCUGCACAACUUCCUAUGCUGUGACCAACAAGGGCGCGCGCAAGCUCGAGCGAAUGUUCCGUUAUGCCAACGGCCCUAUAGACAUCAAGUUGUGGGAUGCGUGCGAAAACGACCCGCGGUUCACCUGUGUUGGUGUUUGGCCGCAGGUUAUUUCCAUGACGGAGUCAAGGACGAACAUAGCUCAUACCGAGGGAGGCCUUUCGUUUGGCCAUGUGAUAAAGGAUGAAAAGAUUCAUGCUGGACAAGGCAUCCAAGUCUCGGCUCGUGUAAAUGCAUAUCUCCAGAAGGCUCACUUGGGCGAAAAAGGAUGGAAGUAUGCAUGGAAGAAUCGUAACAGAACAACAGAGAGAAUCGAGAGGAUGAAGGAAAUUGAAGAAGAAUUCUAUCUGCAGGAAGCGCCUUUCUACGAAGAGAGACCUCUCCACGAGGAAAAGAAAUCGUCGGAAGAAGCUGAAGACGAUCCAGAUGAGGGCGGGGAAGAAAGGAUUGAAAGGGAACGAAUUGAGGCACAGUUCGAAGAACGCUAG